CUUCCAACAAAAAUACACUUUUAUUCCCAAAACACCCUUAACCUCUCUCCCCGAAGAAGCUAUAACCACGCCUUCAGCACCUUUCUUCCAAAGCCCACAGACGCAACAGACAGAUAGAAAAACACAUCGACAGAAAAUCAUCCGCAGAUCUGCUAAAUACACACCCACGCACCCACACACAGAGAGACUGAGAGUGAUAAAAUCCUAUUUUCAAACCCUAAAACUCGCUCUUGCGGAGAGAGAGGAUUCUUUAAACCUCCGUCAUUUCUAGUCCUUUCGUUGCCGGCGAGAUGCUGUACGGAAUCGGGGACGGCAGUUGUCUGCCUGUGGUCCUUUUCGCUGUCAAUGUCGUUCUUACCUGUGUUGAUGGAGCCAUCGCCACCUUCGCAUUCUCACAGUUAUUAAGGAUUCAUUUGCGCAAUCAACAACUUGGGUGGACACGGCAAAAGGUAUUUCAUCUCAUGAUUGGGUCUUCAAACGUAGGUUAUGUAAUUUAUUUUGUAUCGACUCUCAUUGCUACUUGUAAGAGAUGGUUGUGCUGGUCGCACGCAUGUGGAUUUAUCCUCAUGGCCUGCCCCCAGAUUCUGUUUCUCGCUGCAUUUCUUCUGCUGUUAUCAUUCUGGGUUGACCUUUGCCACCAGGCAAAUGAUGAAGAUGAAGAGGAUGAAGAUAAUAGUUAUCGUGAAACUUUGCUGGAAAGGACAAAGGCUAAACCCGGAUCAAUUCAUGCUGAUAACCAUCGAAAAUGUUGCCCCUUCCGUGGCAUUCAUGUCGGAAGUCGUCAAAAAUUUGUGAUUUUGGUGAUUGUGUUAGUCUUUGUCUUGAUGAUAGCAUUUGCUGUUCUAAUCUGGGUUGGUAAAGGCACAAAUCCCAUCGAUUCUUCAGUUGUUGCUCGGGUCUAUCUAGAUCUUUUUUCCAUAGUGAUCCUUCUACUAGGAGGAGCUUUAGCUUGCUACGGGUUAUUACUUUCCUUGAAAAUGAGCAGAGUAAGAUCAGAAAGGACUUCUGAAAUGUGGAAGGUAGCAAGUUUGGCAGCUGUCUCUCUUGUGUGUUUCACAUCGUGUGCUUUAGUAGCGCUCAUUACCAAUAUUCCUAUGUUGUAUCACUGGCGUUCAGAGCACAAAAAUGGUGUAAAGACUUCACUUCUAAUAAUUUUGUAUUAUUUUAUAGGUUCAUCUGUGCCUUCAGCUUGUGUGUUAUGGGUCAUGAGAGAAAUGCCACCCCAGCUAGCAGUCAAUAGACUGGAGCAAUCGAGAGUAGUGACUUACAUCAGGGAUGGGUCGGCAGCUUCCCCAAAUCCUCAACGCUGGACUGCUGCGACAAGCUCACAGAACCAGGCGUUGAAAGUAAGUCCUAUAUGAUUGUGAUGGUCAUGAUCAGUCCCAUUUUACAUAUACACAUGCUUUUCCAGCAUGCCUUUCACCCAAAGUCCAUGGCAUGAGCAGUGGAAAUGCCCAUCAAAUGCACUGCUUCAUCAGAGGGUAAAGUUUCAAUGGUCGCAUUGGGAUUCUAACAUGGAAGCUGUAAAUUACUUCUCAACGGGGGUGCAUCUCAGAUGACAAUGGUAGCAAAAGUUGGCAGGUUUUUGGAGUUCUACACAUGUAUAUAGCCAACAUUUUCUUGUAUUCAAAUUUCAUGAUUUAGAUAUAUCAAGCCUGCUGCUUUAUCCAGGUUAUGGGCCAGAAAUCUCCUAUGUAAUCUGUCUACUCUCGUUUUUCUCAUUGGAUCUACCUCUAUGUACGCUUUCUUUC